AUGCUGCGCGCCUCCGUGCUCCUCUGCGCCCUAGCCGCCUGUACGUGCGCGCCACCGCGGUGCCACCCGGCGGACCAGACAUCAGGACGAUGCAGGGAGCAAGCAGAUGAGAAACCCCAGUGCACAGACAUGAUGCUGGGCACCUGCCAGCAUUUGCCCUACAGCAAGACCAUUUACCCCAACCUGAUCGGGCAUCAGCAGCGUCCGGAGGUGGAGCAGAGCGCCGAGUACCUCCUGCUGAGCGUGCUGUCGGGCCUGCUGAAGGGCGACUGCUCCAACGAACUGCGCCUCCUCGGCUGCUCCGUGUUGGCACCUCAGUGCCGGGCCGGUGCCAAGGUAAAGCCGUGCCGCAGCUCGUGCGAGGCGGUGAAGAGGAGCUGCGCUCACGCCUUCGACGCCAUUCGCAUGGCCUGGCCUUACUUCCUGGACUGUGACCGCUUCUUUGCCGCGGAGGAGGAGGGCUGCAGUGACCCGCUGUCCCAGCUCAGAGCCAGACAGGAAGUCGCUCUCGCCAGCAUCUCAGACGGCGGUCAGGCUACAAUUCUUCAGUUCGUCUAUCACACCAACGAGCAAAUGUUCAGCGUCCUGAAGAAAACGGCAGCCAAGUGUCCUCAGAUCUCUCGAACCUACAGCAUCGGGCGCAGCUUGGAGGGUAAAGAGCUUCUGGUCCUCGAGUUCUCCAGUAAUCCUGGACAACAUGAGCUACUGGAGCCUGAGAUCAAGUUAAUCGGGAACAUGCACGGGAACGAGGUCCUGGGCCGACAGCUCCUUAUCUACCUGGCUCAGUACCUGUGCUCUGAGUACCUGCUGGGCAACGAGCGCAUCCAGAGUCUCAUCAACCGCACCCGCAUCCACCUGCUGCCCUCCAUGAACCCGGACGGCUACGAGCUCGCCGCCUCUGAGGUAGCCGAUAGCAACGAUCCUGAAAACACCAACCCAGAAGGUCACCUCUAUAAUGGGUGGAUCAGUGGAAGAUCCAACGCCCAGAGCAUCGACCUGAACCGCAACUUCCCCGACCUGACGUCCAUCUUCUACAACAGACGGCGUUUUGUACGCUUCCGAAAUGACCACAUCCCCAUCCCGGAUUCCUACUGGCUAACCAAGGUUGCUCCAGAGACCUACGCCGUGAUGAAAUGGAUUAGGACGAUUCCGUUCGUGAUCUCUGCCAGUUUACACGGAGGAGAACUGGUCGUUUCUUACCCCUUCGAUUUCUCCAGACACCCGGAGGAGGAGAAAUUGUUCUCCCCCACCCCCGAUGAGCAGAUUUUUAAGAUAUUAGCCAGGACCUACGCAGACGCUCACACCACCAUGUCCAACAACGACACCGAGAGAUGUGGCAGCUCCUUCGUGAACAGAGGCGGCAUCAUCAACGGGGCUCUGUGGUACAGCUUCGCCGGAGGCAUGUCGGACUUUAACUACCUGCACAGUAACUGUCUGGAGCUGACCGUGGAGCUGGGCUGUGAUAAAUUCCCUUCUGAAGAUGACCUCUACCCAGAGUGGCUCAGGAACAAGGAAGCUCUGCUCAGCUUUAUGGAGUCAGUCCACCGAGGUAUAAAGGGUGUGGUGAAGGAUAGAGCUGGAAACGGGAUCAAGGGAGCCAUCAUUUCUGUUAAAGGGAUCCGGCGUGACAUCACCACAGCUGAAGACGGAGACUACUGGAGACUGCUGAACCCCGGCGUGCACAUCGUCAGCGCCACGGCUCCCGGCUACUCCAAAGUGAUGAAGCGCAUCAGGCUGCCUCACACUAUGCAGACGGUGGGCCGCGUGGACUUCGUCCUGAACAAAGAGCCGGUGGAACCCGACCUGGAGAACGUCAACAUCCCCGAGCUGGACAACUACGAUCGCUUCGACCCGUUCAACCAGUUAGAGCAGCACAGCCAGCCAGAGGGGGGCGACAACGGGGAGGAGAGGGGCGAAAAGCCCUGGUGGUGGGCGUAUUUUAGCCAAAUGGGCGCAUCCUCCCCUACCUGGCUUCUCAGGAACUAUUAGCUCCGUCAUGUCCCAGUCGCCGCACCUUAGAGUUCAAUCACUGACAAGAAAAUUUGGAAAGAAAAUGUCAUUUUUAUGCAGGUCUUGAGGGGGGACUGUUAAUGUGGUUAUAAAUAUUUAACACUUAAAUUUCCCUCGGACUAUUUUUCAGAUCACAGGUUUAAUUAUUAUUAUUUUUAAAAAUAAAAAAAAACUUUUUAAAGCUUUAAGCUUCUU